GGAGAGAAGUACGACGGGAGGAAAGCAGACGUGUGGAGCUGUGGGGUCAUCCUCUUUGCACUUUUAGUGGUGAGUGAUUGACAGCUGCCGUUGCCCUGACGAUGACCCUGACACGUGCCAGCAUCCUGCAAUGGUCCUUAACGCUCAUCCUCCCUCUCUCCCUCUGACCCGCAGCAGUAAACAAACAACAAUAAAAUAACAAAUACAUACUAGCUAGUUUUUUAGUCCUGUGUGCUUACGCAACUUCUAAACCGGAAUGAGAAUAGGGAGAAUAAACAGGAAGGAGUGCGAUAAGUUCAUCUGUGAGUCCCUCAGGCAUAUGUUGAGUUAGUGUUGUGGUAUGACGUGAGGUAAAGUGACAGGGGACGGAGCUUCAUGUGACACAAUAAGUCUUCAUGGGAAGCUGCACCUCAGUGACUCGCUGGCUUUGGUCUACAGUGUCUUGAUUAUGAUUUUAAAUACCCUGGGGAGGAAUUUGAGGUAAGGGACAGGACAAGGUUUGGAGACAUAACUUAAUAAAUGUGGUAAAACAAACUUAUUGCCAAUGGCCUGUGAUUCCAGUUCUUUAUCUGUAUAGAAUAUAAGUGAAAGAUGACAUUAGAUUAUUGGAUCAGGACUGAAAAUUAAAUCAGCACCCUCCAUCCUUUCAUCCCCAUAUGAUUGGUUGAUUCAUCAUGUUUCUGAUUGGAGCAGGGAUUUCCAGGGCUGGCUUGACUGUCAGCUUUGUACUGACACACAUAUGCUCAUGAAUUAGAGUGUGUCACCAGCAUUCACACACCACUCUGAUUAGACAGUGACAAAGUGGGGAAGCCGAGAACAAAGGAAAUUAUAGGCUGCGUGUGUGUGUCUGUGUGUGUGUGUUUCUCCAUUUUGUGUCAAUAUGGACAUCUAUUCUGUCUCCCUGAUGAAGGCAUGUUGAGAUGGGAAGAGACCCUAUCAGUCAUGCUAUCGUAAACUACACCUCCCAUCAUUAAAAGUAUGAAUACUCUGCCUGUUUCAAAUGUCAGAUAGCCCUUCAAUGAUUGCCAUGGGUAAUGCUCAUGUAUUGCCUUGCCUAGUGUCUCUGGAAACCAUUCAUAUUAGAGAUUUUGAAGAAGGCUGACUAGAUUAGGGCUAUGCUUUGGCUAACAUCAAAAAACCAAGAUUUGUGUCUUUGUCAGAUAGACCUAUAUUGACUGCCAUAAUACUUAUUCACUGUAUUCCUUUGGUUAACAACAAUAACCUUAUUGUUUGUCCUUGUCAGAUGUAUACAGUAAAGUAUCACCUGGCAGUCUUUAACUUUUCUACUUUGGCAUGGCUCUAGAUUUCCAAUGCCGACUUACUGAGUGAUAUUAUAUAUGGCCGGUUUCCCGGACACAUAUUAAGCCUAGUCUUGGACUAGGAAACACUUUCAAUUGGGAAAUGGGAAUCUCUGUUGAACAUUCUUUUUCGUCCAGGACGAGGCUUUAAGUGGGUCCUGUAGACCAGCCCUACGAAUAUAUGUAGUGGAACUUGAGCAUCAUUCUGGUAUUAAUGCUCCUCUGUGUUGUUCAGAGGACCACAGUGGAAAUAAAUUGUUAACUUUUUUUGUGUUAUCCUUGGUGAUUUGAAUGCAGUGUAUCCACUUGGCUGGCUGGAAUUAUAAAUCAAAUCUUAUCAAUCUCAGGGCGCCCUGCCAUUUGACGAUGACAACCUGAGAAACCUGCUGGAGAAGGUGAAGCUGGGUGUUUUCCAUAUGCCUCACUUCAUCCCUCCAGACUGUCAGAACCUCCUUCGGGGCAUGAUCGAGGUGGAUGCCACUAAGAGACUCACGGUACAUUCCUCUAAGAUCAGCUCUAGGAUCAGAUGUAUGUUCGUAACCCCCUUAUUUCAGGUAGACAAUCCCCUUAAUAUCUGCUCUAGGAUCAGUUUACACCCCUAAGAGGUGGGAAUGGCCCACCUAAUCUACCGCUAAGAUCAGGCCUAGGAUCAGAUGUAUGUUCACAACACCCUUGUUUCAGCUUGAAGAUGCACUUAAUACUACAAUUGUUCACACUUUCAGGUGAAAGGUAAAUUGAGUCUCAAUCAAUAAAGGGGGCUACUUCAAAAGGGCCUGGCAGAUAGAAAUGUACCAAACAAACUUUAUUACCACAAAAUAUUUACUACCACAGUAUAAGUCAAAGCAUCUCCCCCAGCUCUCACCCACAGUACUAGUAAAGCAGAAAUCACUUAUCACUGUAGAGAAAGGGAUACAUUUUUCCCUUAUUUAGACCAAAGACACUCAGGGGCAGUUUCUCAUGCUCAGAUUAAGAGUAUUCCUGAACUAAAAAGCACUUUUAACGAUGUUUCUACAGUUAGCAUGUCCUUUUGUCCAGGAGUAGACUUAAUCUGGGUCCGGGAAACCUCCACUCUGGGUCUAGGCUCUAGACAGUAAUCCCAUUGACUCUGUCUGUUCGGUUCAGACAUCUGAGACACAGACAGGCAGCACUUCAAAACCCUCCCACAGCUACAGUGUGACUUCCUCCAACAGUUUAUUAGAUUACUCUUGCUCACAUCAGCGUUAAGAGCUUUCUGUCAAGGAGAGGGUGAUUUCCCAGUUGCCCAACGUCUUAGUAUCUCUGGCUAAGAUGGUUUUCUAUCUGUUUAAUCUACUCGACAAAUAACAUUAAUAUUAAUGCUAUAAUGUGUUUAAUUUAUUUCUAUGUAUUGAAGUAACUGGAAGCCCCAUAGAAAUAGAAUGAAUAUACACUACAUGACCAAAAGUAUGUGGACACCUGCUCGUCGAACAUCUCAUUCCAAAAUCAUGAGCAUUAAUAUGGAGUUGGUCCCCCCUUUUCUGCUAUAGCAGCCUCCACUCUUCUUGGAAGGCUUUCCACUAGAUGUUGGAACAUUGCUGCAGGGACUUGCUUCCAUUCAGCCACAAGAGCAUUAGUGAGGUUGGGCACUGAUGUUGGGCAAUUAGGCCUGGCUCGCUGUCGGCGUUCCAAUUCAUCCCAAAGGUGUUCGAUUGGGUUGAGGUCAGGGCUCUGUGCAGGCCAGUCAAGUUAUUCCACACCGAUUUUGACAAACCAUUUCUGUAUGGACCUCGCUUUGUGCACGGGGGCAUUGCCAUGCUGAAACAGAAAAGGGCCUUCCCAAACUGUUGCCACAAAGUUGGAAGCACAGAAUCAUCUAGAAUGUAAUUGUAUGCUGUAGCGUUAAGAUUUCCCUUCACUGCAACUAAGGGCCCUAGCCCGAAACAUGAAAAACAGCCCCAGACCAUUAUUCCUCCUCCACCAAACGUUACAGUUGGCACUAUGCAUUUGGGAAGGUAACGUUCUCCUGGCAUCCGCCAAACCCAGAUUCGUCCGUCGGACUGCCAGAUGGUGGUGAGCUUUACACCACUCCAGCCGACGCUUGGCAUUGCGCAUGGUGAUCUUAGGCUUGUGUACGGCUGCUCGGCCAUGGAAACUCAUUUCAUGAAGCUCCCGACGAACAGUUAUUGUGCUGACGUUGCUUCCAGAGGCAGUUUGGAACUCGGUAGUUAGUGUUGCAACCGAGGACAGACGAUUUUUACGCGCUACACGCUUCAGCACUCGGCAGUCCCGUUCUGUGAGCUUGUGUGGCCUACCACUUUGCGGCUGAGGCGUUGUUGCUCCUUGAAGUUUCCACUUCACAAUAACAGCACUUACAGUUGACCGGGGCAGCUCUAGCAGGGCAGAAAUUUGACGAACUGACUUGUUGGAAAGGUGGCCUCCUAUGACGGUGCCACGUUGAAAGUCACUGAGCGCUUCAGUAAGGUCAUUCUACUGCCAAUGUUUGUCUAUGGAGAUUGCAUGGUGGUGUGCUCGAUUUUAUACACCUGUCAGCAAUGGGUGUGGCUGAAAUAGACUAAUCCACUAAUUUGAAGGGUGUCCAGAUACUUUUGUACAUAUAGUGUAUUAUAUUUUUUGUCUCUACAGUAGGUAAAAGCGGAGUUGUUGCUAGAAGCCUUAAGUGUGUCGUAAUGCAUACAGUAAGAACAGAUAAGGCAUGUUGCCGUGUUCACUUGUCUGUCUGUCUGUCUGUCUGUCUGUCGCAGCACCUGUUCCACAUGCUGUGUCAUUAACACAAUGUUUUUUCCUCUUCCUGUUUGUCUCUACAGUUAGAGCAGAUCCAGAAGCACAACUGGUACAUGUGAGUACAGCUCCUUUCUCUGUGUGUGUGUGUGUGUGUGUGUGUGUGUGUGUGUGUGUGUGUGUGUGUGUGUACAUGCAUACGACUGGCUGUUUUGUGCAUACUCUAAUAGAUAUAUGCACUAUGCACUUUUAUCAGUGAAAUUAAAUUACAUUGACAAAAUGUAGCAAAUAUUCAAACAAAGGGUCAGUAGAUAAAAGUAUUGCACUUAUAUAGGCUAAAUUUGGGAACGCGAAACUAAUGGAAGCUAAAUGCAAACUUUUUUACAGCCUUUAUAUUAAGAGAUGGUAGGCCCAUUAGGCCAGAUGAGAUAGGUCUAUGUUUUGCUACGCUCUAGCAGUUGCCCUACACACCACCGGAACAUAAAAGACCAUCAUGUUCUUAGUUUUAAUGGAACUCUGUUCUGUUCCUAAAUGGCUUGGUCUUAACAAUGCAGGCUUUAAAUACCUCCUCUCAGAAAAGUGCCAAGGACCGUUCUACUGUUCAGCAAUUUAAUAGUGUGUGUUGCUCACUGCUACAUUAUAGCAGUAUAUCAUUGCUAUUUAGCAAUCUACGAUAUUGUAUACUGAACAAAAAUAUAAAUGCAACAUGUAAAGUGUUGGUCCCAUGUUUCAAUAAAAUAUCAAAAGUAAUAAAAGAUCCCAGACGAAAUAAAAGAUCCCAGACGUUUUUCAUACGCACGAAAAGCUUAUUUCUCUCAAAUGUUGUGCACAAAUUUGUUUACAUCCCUGUUAGUGAGCAUUUCUCCUUUGCCAAGAUAAUUCAUACACCUGACAGGUGUGGCAUAUCAAGAAGCUGAUUAAACAGCAUGAUCAUUACACAGGUCCACCUUGUGCUUUGGACAAUAAAAGGCCACUCUAAAAUGUGCCGUUUUGUCACACAAAACAAUGCCACAGAUGUCUCAAGUUUUGAGGGAGCGUGCAAUCGGCAUGCUGACUGCAGGAAUGUCCACCAGAGCUGUUGCCAGAUAAUUGAAUGUUCAUUUUUCUACCAUAAGCCGCCUCCAACGUCGUUUUAGAGAAUUUGGCAGUAAGUCCAACCAGCCUCACAACCGCAGACCACAUGUAACCACGCCAGCCCAGGACCUCCACAUCCGGCUUCUUCACCUGCAGGAUCAUCUGAGACCAGCUACCCGGACAGCUGAUAAAACAGUGGAUUUUCACCAGACAUGUCACCCAUUGAGCACGUUUGGGAUGCUCUGGAUCGAUGUGUACGACAGCGUGGACCAGUUCCCGCCAAUAUCCAGCAACUUCGCACAGCCAUUGAAGAGGAGAGGGACAACAUUCCACAGGCCACAAUCAACAGCCUGUUCCACUCUAUGAUGACCGCGCCGCAUGAGGCAAAUAGUGGUCACACCAGAUACUGAUUGGUUUUCUGAUCCACACCCAUACCUUUUUAUUUAGGUAUCUGUGACCAACAGAUGCAUAUCUGUAUUCCCAGUCAUGUGAAAUCCAUAGAUUAGGGCCUAAUGAAUUUUCUUCAAUUGACUGAUUUCCUUAUGUGCACUGUAACUCAGUAAAAUCUUUGAAAUUGUUGCAUGUUGCGGUUAUCUUUUUAUUCCGUGUAUAUCUUCGUCAUGUUUGGUGGAUUCAUUUUCUUAAUGGUAAAGUAGUUUCACAAUUCUAAUAGCUUCGUAGUGUAUUUUUGUCAUUGCUAACAUUGUAAAAUAUGAAGUUCAUAUUGAAUGAGCUGGUUAAGAAACUACGAUUUAAAGAUAGUGCCUUUCUCUAAGCAGUAAGAAGCAGAUUAUUCAGUCAAACUUUUUAUAUGUUCUUGAUUAUGGUGAUUUUAUUUAUCAGAGUGCAGCUGCCACUACUCAUCAACCUUUGGAUGCCAUCUACCAUAGUGCCCUUCGUUUUGUUACAGAUGACAGUUUUGAUACUCAUCACUGCAUCCUGUAUAAAAACGUUGGCUGGACUUCGCUAAAGACCCGUAGAUCUCUACGUUACUCCCUUUUUGGCCCUACUUCCUUAAACUUCCGUCUUAUCUAACUUUGCUGUUGAAGUAUAGACACCUGAGUUGCCUAACAUGUUCACAGGAUUGGUUAACUCUUGAGGUUCCUAGGGUCUCCACCAAGCUAGGUAAAUCUGCUUUUAGUUUUAAUGCACCGUAUUGCUGGAACAAAAUUCGAAAUACAUUUCAUCUUGAUGUUAUAGUGCCGUUCUGACAAUUUAAAGUAUUGACAGGGGACUUCUUUGAGAAGGAAUGUAACUGUUUUUCUGGGUGAUUUGUGAUGUUUUAUUUGUGCUUACCAUGACUGUGUUUUUGUAUUUUAGGGUGUGUGUAUAUAUAUAUAUAUAUAUAUAUAUAUAUAUAUAUAUAUAUAUAUAUAUAUAUAUUGUGUAUAAUGUGUAUAUUUAUAUUGUAAUAUACAGGGCGCAUGAAAAAAAGACCUAGGUCUCAAUAUGUCUUCCCUGUUCAAAUAAAGGUGGAUAAAAAAUGUAAUUAAAUCUGUCAGUCAUUCCUGUCAUUCUUCCUGUCUGUCAGAGCUGGGAAGAACGAGCCAGAGCCGGAGCAGCCUGUCCCCAGGAAGGUGGCCAUCAGAACCCUGAGCACUGAGGAGAUAGACCCAGACGUCCUGGAGAGCAUGCACUCUCUGGGUUGCUUCAGAGACAAGGGCAAACUCACCAAAGACCUGCUUUCUGACGAGUGAGUGAUAGAGGGAUGGGAGGGAGAGAGUAAGAGGGCGAGGGAGGAAGGGAGGACUGUAAGGGUGGAAGGGUUAAAGAAGUGCACUCUGUGCUGCUUCAGGGACGAAAACAAACUCACCAAAGACUUGCUCUCUGAUGAGGGAGGGAGGGAGGGAGGGAGGGAGGGAGGGAGGGAGGGAGGGAGGGAGGGAGGGAGGGAGGGAGGGAGGGGGAGGGAGGGAGAUCAUGGACUCACUGGGCUGUGUCAGAGAUGAGGGCAAACUGACGAAAGAUCUGCUCUCUGACAAGAGGGAAGGAGAAAGGGAUGGAGAGAUACGGAGGGAGAAAUGGAAGUGUCAGCGAAGUCAUCCACACUGAGGUGCUUCAAGGACAUCUGACAGGAUGACUUUACUGUCUUGUCUCUCCAGUGAUAACCAGGAGAAGAUGAUCUACUUCCUGCUGCUGGACCGGAAGGAGAGGUACCCCAGUCAGGAGGACCAGAACCUCCCUCCGCGCAGUGAGAUAGGUAGGCUGGUCCAAAUCACCCCCACACAGUAGGAGAAGUAGACUAGUCCAAACCUUCUAUGCCUUUUAUGAAUGAAAACCUGAAGUAGCUACACCAUAACUCGGAUAAGAUGUUCUGUCACACAUGUAGUUGGUUUGUUGCUGACUAGUUCUCUUUCUCUCUUCACUUGCUUCUCCCCUGACCCCUAACCUUUGACCCCUGACCCCUGUUCAGCUGACCCGCCCAGGAAGCGUGUGGACUCCCCCAUGUUGAACCGCCAUGGGAAGAGGAGGCCGGAGAGGAAGUCUAUGGAAGUGCUGAGUGUCACAGAGGGGGGCUCUCCUGUACCCGUACGACGAGCCAUCGACAUGGCCACACAUGGACAGAGGUAUGGUGUGAUGUACACAUACAGUACAUGGACUCACUCACACGUAUCAUAUUGACAUACAUACUCACAUGCGUGUAAAAACAUACACGCACUCACACACACACACAUACACACUAAUGCUCACACGAACACACACACCCCGGGCAGUCUCCGACUGUGUACAUACUUAGCACUACAGAGUCAAUGUGAGGACAUGCUUUUCAGAGAGCACCCCAUGUUCUCCAUUCAAAGUAGAGAUUAAAGCUAGUGAAUAACAGAACCACAGGACCUCUGAUUAAUAUGAGUGGUCUGUAGUCCCAACUCUCAGUGUAGUACUCUUAAAUUACUGAAUAUUAAAGACAUGCUCCUGAACUUUGGCGACUACUAAGUCAUUUGUAAACCUCCCGUUUUGGGAAGGAUGUGUCAAUGUGUAGUUCAUACAUGCAUAAUCUAUGAGUUACUGUCUUACCUCAAUUAGCCAUGAAAUCUUUAGUUUGAAAGCGACUGUUUAGCUUGAAGCUGUGCCGCGCCAUUUUCCCUACACUGAGCUUCAGCCCCUCACAUUUGAGUGACAGCUAGCAAGAGGCCUGCCCAGUGUUAUCCAACGAGGUUGCAUGGCAGGCCCAACGGCUCAGUGGACACAGCAGAGACAGAGAGAGCAAUGGCGUGGUGUACAUAUCUGCACAUAUGUGACGUAGUAUGCAAUUUUGAUGGCCACUUCUGUCUUGUGAGUGCUACUUUCAGAACUACUGGCUGAGAAGUAUACAAAAUUACCGGAGAAUCUCUUUAAGAAACACAGACACGUGCAUGCAUGGACACACACGCGCACACACAAACGCACACCGGAUUCACAUACGUAGCAGUAGGGUGCCUACAUAUUAUGGCACCCUGCUGGAUAUCUCUGUCUAUUAGUUCAAUCUGCUGUGUGUGUACUUCCAGUAGAAUCCCUCUCCUCACUAACUUUAUUAUUAAGCUGCUUAGGGUGUUAUGACAGUCUAACACAGACAGAAAAGCUAAAAAGUUUACAACUUUCUGCGCGGGUGAGUCAUCCAAAGAGGAUAGAGGUUUUAAGACUUCAACUUUUCAUCGACUGUUAGAAAGUAUGCCAAAUGUGAGAAUACCCCAUAUUAUCAUGAUCCUUCAAAGUGUCUUACCCCUCUGUUUAAUCUGUUUUUAAUUGCUGAUUAAUAUAUUCAUGUCAUGUGUGAAUCUUGUUUUAUGUUUUCAUUGUCAUGUCUUGAUCAAUUAUUUUUCUUCUUCUGUUAACUUUUCCUUUCAAGACUACUAUUAUUUACUGUGCAUUGGUCAUUGUGAGCAAUAGCCAGCUCUGGAUCGCAUACACAGCUAAUGUGAGGUUGCCAACUCAUGACCUGUACAAUAAUCUGUACUUUUUAGGGAAUGCUUAGAAUCAGUCCCUUUAUGUGACUGUCUUUCUGUCUGUCUCUUUAUUUUCUUUCUGUCUGUCUGUAGUAAGUCUGUUUUCAGUAAAAGCUUGGAUAUCACAAACGCUAACCUCACCAAAGAAGAAAGGUAUUUGUCACUUUUGUCUGUCUGUCUUGCCACAGUUGAGUUGCAGAGGGGUUUUCCCAUUCAUAUUCUCACAAUGUUUAAGUCUAUAAGCCUUUGAGAGGGUAGUCUAGUAAACUUAAAUAAAAACUAAGCUCCAUUCUUGUCUGCAUAAAAUGAAUUCCCAAAGAAUCUAACCUCUUGCUGUUAGAAUUCUUCUAAAACCUUUACCAGAAGUUCACUUGACUGCCCGGCUAUCUGAUAAUGAAUUCAGACAAAAAAGCCCUUAUUUUUAUACUGUGGUAAACUAGGCCAAUGUGAUCAGGCCUAGACUGAACUGAAGGAGAGAGGAGAUAGAGAAGAGAUAGAGGGAGGUUCUCUAUACCCUCGGCUGCUUCCAUGCACAUCAAAAGCAUCUUAUCCUCCCUCUCCUUCUUUUGGCCCCUCUCUUCCCUUUGAUGCUGUAGUUUUGGUGUCCCAGGGCAGAUCCACAUUUUUAGGUCAACUUCCUUGUUUCCCUGUUUUGCCUCCUUCCCCAUUUUGUGUGUGUGUGUCUGUGUGCCUGAACGGGUGUGUGUCUGUGUUUGUUUGUCUUCUGACGUUUUAUUUGUGAGGUUACAUCAUCACGGUGCGUCAGGUCCAAUCUUCCUUUCAAAGCCUAUUCACGGAUGACCUUGUGUCCAGGAACACAGUUUAGAGACGCUUCCCUGGUCCGCCCCCCCCACCCCACCGCACCGUACAGCGAGAGAUUAGCAUAAAUUAAUUGGUGGGAAUGCAGAUGGGGCGUUUUGCUGGAGCGAAGAAGAGUAGAACAAACAGGGAUGGAAAUAAGGCAUUCACAUCCCUCUGAAUAGUCUUUUAUCUCCAUUAUCUAAUUAGAGUGAUACAGUGGUACACACACACACAUACACACCAAUGCGCAUGUACACACAAACACACAUACAGACACACACACAUUGUAUUUCAUCGGCAUCGAACAACAGAUUACUUUCAAUUAUGUGCUUGAAAGACUACCUGAUCUUGGCGAGGUGUGUUUGAUUGUACACACAAGUACAAUAAUGUGUUGUAAUUAAAAAGCACCUAACCUUGCCCAACAUCAACAUGCAGCAGAAUAAGCAACGAACCGCCAUAACAUUUCCGAUGUUUAGGCCUCCGAGUGGCGCAGCAAUCUAAGGCACUGCAUCACAGUGCUUGAGGCGUCACAACAAACCCCAGGCUGUGUCACAACCGGCCGUGACCGGGAGUCCCAUAGGGCGGCACACAAUUGGCCCAGUGUCGUCCGGGUUAGGGGAGGGUUUGGCUGGGGGGGCUUUACUUGGCUCAUCGCGCUCUAGCGACUCCUUGUGGCGGGCCGGGCGCCUGCAGGCUGACAUCGGUCGUCAGUUGAACUGUGUUUCCUCCGACACAUUGGUGCGGCUGGCUUCCGGGUUAAGCGGGUGGGUGUUAAGGAGUGUGGUUUGGCAGGUCAUGUUUCGGAGGACGCAUGACUCGACCGUCACCUCUCCCGAGCCCGUUGGGGAAUUGCAGCGAUGAGACAAGAUCGAUAUUGGGGAGAAAAAGGGGGGUAAAAUAAAAGCUAUAUGACUAUGUGUAUAUGCAGAGGCGCAACUUUGGUUUUAGAAGUUGGGGGGGACAUAAUUAUUCGUAUUCUUAUUUUAUUUUUAUCCAGUCGGAUAAACACUCCAAACAGCCUACCCGACUGCUCGGAGGCGUCCGCAUGGUCCUAAAGCACACUGUUGCCUCGUUUUGUAUCACAUUCCAAUGAUAAAACUGGCGGGGACAAAAAUGCAAUUUCAGAAUGUGGGGGGGGACAUGUCCCCCCUGUCCCCAGUGAAAGUUGCGCCCCUGUGUAUAUGACAAAAUAUAUGUUUGACACGUAUGUGCUCAAUAUGCCUUUACAACAUAAACUCAGUUAUCAGUAUUUACUAUGUCAGAAUACAGUAUGGUAAGCUCAUAGAGAGACUUCUGAGGGAAACUCCCCUGCAUCUUAACUCUGUGGUCUUGAGAUGUGGCUUAUAGUAUGUCUCCCUUCAAAAAUCUUCUUCUGUUCUCCAUUGUUACUGUUUCAUGUAGUUUGUGGUGCAGUAAUGUUACUUAAUCUCCCGUAUCCCUACUGUGAACUCGAUGUCUGUCUGUGUAGAGCCCUGUCUGGAGGAUUCCAUUGCGGUUCGGUGAAAGGCAACUCAGCUCUUAGUUUCUUGUUUGCUCGCCUUGCGCUUUGUAUUACUGUCGCCAUUUUGUAAUCCAGAUAGCAUUGAUAAGGUUAUGGAUGAAAUCCUUCCCCGAGGUUGAAGCUUAGUGUGUGUGCGUGCGUGCAUGCGAGUGCACAUGCGUGGUACACUGCAGCACAUUUAACUAUGAUUUACUGUUUCAAUUUGAGUUUCCAACAAAAUAGCCAAAUCGUCUAUGGCAAAUGAAAUCCCCAAACCUCGCUUGGCAUCAGUGGCCCUAUGUGAUGUGAGGGAGGGAGGGAGGGAGGGAGGGAGGGACAACAGUGGAGGGACAAGAGAAGGGGAAGAAAUAAAAGAAGGAAGAUAUGAAAAGUUAAUGAAUUGUAAAUGAAAAAUGAAAAGGCUCCUCAUCUGGUGUAGAAUAGAGACACGGCGCUGAUACAUUUUGCAGUGUGUGUGUGUGUACUCACGGUGUAGCUGACAUGUUUGAAGUAUUUAUAGAUGUUUACUUUAGACCCUGAUGCUUUGCAUGUCUUGUUGUCGUGUAGACAGACACGUUUGGCGAUUACACCAAAUCUAGUAUUUAAAAGUCAACCUUUCAAUUGUCUGUUGUUUUAGUCUACAGCCACUGUGUGACUGUGUUAGUCAUAUUGCACACACGAGGCCAUUUGAGGCUAUGCACAAGGACAGCUCUGAUGCCUCAUCAAAGAUAAAAGGAGAGGUAGAGGAAGAGGGAGACCGAGAUUGACAGACAGAGAGAGAGAGAGAAAAAAGAGAGAUGGAGAGCGUGAUGAGCCAGAAAGAGAGUGAGUAAGAGGGAGAGAGAAAGAGAGAGUUAGAGAGAGAGAGUGACCAAUGUGACUGAUAGAACGCUGAGGAAAACAGACUAUGUAGUGAGCAUAGCCUUGCUAUUGCGAUGCUGCCGUAGGCAGACCUGGCUCUCAAGAGAAGACAGGCUAUGUGCACACUGCCCACAAAAUGAGGUGAAAACUGAGCUGCACUUCCUAUUUCCCUCACGUUACAUGGACCCCCAAAUAGUUUGAAAACAAAUCAAAUAUUGAUAAACUCCCAUAUCUGUUAUGUGAAAUACCGCAGUGUGCACUCAUCGCAGCAAAAUCUAUGACCUGUUGCUGCGAUAAGAAAAUAAAAGGGCAACCAGUGGAACACAAACACCAAAGUAAAUUAAAGCUAUAUUUAUCUGUUUAUUUAUUUCCCCUUGCCAUUUUUACUUCUACUAUGUGCACAUUGUAAAAACACUACACAUAGUUAAUAAUAUAACAUUUCAAACGUCUUUCUCUUUUUGAAUCUGUUUAAUGUUAAUUGUUAAUCUGUGAUUGUUUAUUUCACUUGCUUUGGCAAUGUAAACAUUGCUUCCCAAUAAAGCCCAUUUGAAUUGAAUUGAAAUGAGAGAGAGAGAGAGAGAGAGGGAGUGAUUGAAGGACAGAGAGAAAUGUGUUUAAUAAAACAGCUCAGAAAUCCCAACCUAAAUAGACUCCCUCCCCAGGGGUGAAAUAACCAUGGCUACAUCCACAGUUAUCCAUCCUUGUUUGAGUCAAUCUCCUCUACUUACCCUUUAUGAUUGAAUAUCCGCCAACAACUUUGCUCAGGGCAAAGUUGUCAAAAAGUACAGAUAGCGCCAUACUGUACAAAGUGCUACAGCCACAUACAACUGUGUUCAAGGUAGCUACGUUAGUUUAAGGAACUCAUCAUCUUCUGAUCUCUUUCCUCUACUUCUUUCAAUAGCUUCAGGUAGAAAAUGCCAUUAGGCACAGAUCUAAGAUCAGCUUACCCUCCCAAAUUGCAACUUUAACCAUUAUGGGGGUAAAUCACAAAACCAAUCUUAGAUCAGUGUAUAGGGGCAACUUUAUCCUACUCCUUUUGGCGCUUAUAUGUGUUUGUUCCCCAUGCUUUUUGUCCUCCCUCCAACAAUGGGUGUGCUAGUGUGUGGUCAUGUUGUAGGGUUCAGUGUUUUCCCGUUGUAGCGCACAUAUUGCAUUGUCAGAGGAUGUCUUUAACCCUGUGUGUGUGUGUGUGUCUGUGUGUCUGUGUGUGUGUGUGUCUACAGGUCACGGUCUAUCAGCGGAGCGUCCUCCGGUCUCUCCACUAGUCCUCUCAGCAGUCCCAGGGUAAGAGUUUGGUUGUCCCGUACCACACACUGGCCCACACUGCACCGCACCAACUCACCUCACCGCUGGCUCUGCUGUGCUGUGGAUGUCACCGGAAUGCACACACUGCUAUUCACUCGCUACGGCCACUCAUAAGGCUAUACAUAAGGCAGCUCAUAGAGGAAUCCAUGGUAAAAUCUCUUUGAAAGCCCAUCUGACAUGAAGCCUGCAUAAUCCUGUCAUAAGAAUAGUGUAAAGCUACCAGUCACUAUACCCUAUGACAGCUUAUGAUUAGGGCCCUGUGUUUUGGUCAGUCAUGUCACAUGACCUGGAUUUUAACUUUCUUUUUAUGUCAGAUGGUCCAACACCAUCCUCAGACAAUGGCUUUCAUUUUUGGUGUAAUUCUAUUUCUGGAAAAGGCUUAAAAUAAAGGUUAAAAUCUACGUCAUGUGACAUGAUAUCCCAAAACACAGGGCAUGAGUUAUGACACCUGACAUAACGCUGAUAUGAGGUAUUAGUGUGGGUCACAGAUGAAUUUUUUAUAAUUUAUACUUCAUUCAUGGGUUGUAUCAGUUGUUAUACUGUAAUAUACGGUUGGUUAUCAUGACCUGUUACGACUGUUGUUAUAUCAUUGUUAUGACAGAGCUAUGUAGGCUGUAUGUCAUAGGGCUUCUUGUGAAGUAUCAUUGGAUCCAUGUGAGGCCUCAUAAGGGCUUACGUACUAAUGAGGGAACCCAUUAUUCUUGUUUUAAAGUUCUCAAUUCCCCCAACAGCUCAUCAGAUUGUAAACACAUCCAUUAUUAUAAGUCCCAUAUGUGGGAUUUGGUGUUCAAUGACCGGUACUAUAAAAUAGGAACAUAAGCCAUCAAAGUCAUCUUCGAUUAGGGAAUACAUUGGAAAAUGCUGCCAUGUUAAAUGUAAAGGUUAGGGCUACAAAUCAACAAACCAGCUCCUAGCUAGCAUGCACAGUUCCUCCAUUAUUUUACUAAGGCCAUGCAUUUUUAAAGCCAGCCCUUAGUGAGGAUACAAACAUGCAGUCAUCACAUAUUCUGACUCUUCUUACGGAACUGUCAGUGUUAUGAAGGAUUCUGUAAAAGUUUCAAAUAUUUAUAUCUGUCAGCAACCCCAGCUGGGGUUUUGUGCCUAAAUGUUAUUUCAUAUUAUUUUUUAUGAUGAGUGAUACUGGUGAUGCCAUUUUAGUUCUCCUUUUUUAAGUAUAAAUAUUGUGCCGAUUAUGUAAGGCUACAUAUUAUGUCACACAUUGAUGGGAUCACUCUACUGAGGGACAUGGGGAUUAGGGUUUAGGAGUGUAAUUUGACCUUUAAACUUUAGAGCACCCACAUGCACGCACGCACGCAUACACACACACACACACACAUACACACACAUACACACACACAUAGAGACAUACACGCUCAUGCGUUAUAUUUAAUGAGGAUCACUUCACUAAGGCAGUCAUCAUAGACGCUUCAUAAUGCUGCCAUAUGAGUGACACAACAAAAAGCCGAUAAACCUUGCAUAAACUUUUAAAACAUGCCAGUUUUCAUAAGCUGUCAUAAACUUUCAUGUCCUGUCAUGAUAGUUGCUAUGUCAUUCAUGCCACAGCAUUGUGCAUGCAGUAUGGCUGCUUUCCACCAAUGAAGUCUGGAAGCUAAUGCAGUUAGCUUUGGGUGAUGUUUCAGUUGCUGGUUUGGGUUUGGCUUCAUGAAUGCUUGUAAUGCUCUACACUUCUCUCCCCCAUGGUGCUGCUGCCUCCUGGUUGGCUGGUUGUGCUAAUGGCAUGUUCUUCUUGUCUUUCUUUCUGCACUCUCACCACUCUCCCUGCCUGUGUGUCACUUGCUCCACCUAUCCUCUCCUCCAUGUCAUUUCUUACUAUAUUGCUGUUUUUGUCCUGGUGCCAUUUCAUUGCAAUCCACCUUUAUUGGGCUGUGGGGUUUUCUAUAUAUGUCCCCUGGCUUCUGGGCGUGGUCUCUCAUUGGCUGCCUGCGCUGUCAAUCUAACGGUGCAUGUCCAAUCGCAGCCGGUCCGGCGCUUCUUUAUCCCGCCCCAGUCGCCGGACCUCUGUCAGUCGCCCAACUGUAGCCCCACCCAUUCCCCAGAGUCCCGCCUUAACCAUAACGGGGUAGGGGGGGCCAACCGCGUGCAUCCACACCCGCUCCCCAACUCCUACACGCCAAAGAUGGGGUCCCCCCUGAUGCACCCCCGCACACAGACCCUCCCCGCCAAGCCCAAAGUGUCUGAGAAGCCCCUUCAGACCACCAGGUCCAACCCCCUUCCCAACUCGGCUGACAGCCCGCCCACCUCCCCCUCCUCACCCCUGGGCAGCCCCCCCUGUGUCCCCAACAGCCCGCGGCCACGCCGCCACCCACCCCUCACCGUGCCCCCCAAGCUCUCAAUCCCCCUAUCUCAAGUGCCACCCAUGUCCCCCCUAUGCCGGCACCGCCUCCACCCUGACCACAACGGUCACAAAUCUGUCCCCACCAUACAGGUGACCCCCCACCCCUCUCCGCGGGGGAGCCCCCUCCCCACCCCCAAGGGCACUCCGGUGCACACACCCAAGGAGAGCCCGGUGGGCACCCCCAGCCCCACGCCACCCCCCAGCCCCUCCAUCGGCGGGCUGCCCUGGAGGACGCGUCUCAACUCCAUCAAGAACAGCUUCCUGGGCUCGCCGCGCUUCCAUCGCAGGAAAAUGCAAGGUACUGGAAUGUACUGGGGUAGGAGACUUGGGGAGGGGGACGAG